AUGAGUAUUCUCGAAUAUAAUGGAGCCGGUAUUGUCGCCAUGACUGGCAAGAAUUGUGUGGCCAUCGCUGCCGAUACAAGAUAUGGUAUUCGUCAACAAACUGUAGGAACUGAUAUGCAAAAGAUUUUCAAGAUUCACGAUAAAUUGUUUAUUGGAUUGAACGGAUUGGCUACUGAUGUUCAAACUGUUAAUGAAAAACUGAAAUUUAGAAUGAACAUGUACAAUCUUAAGGAAGAAAGAGACAUCAAACCAAGUAGUUUUGCCAAUCUCAUGUCUAAUAUUCUCUAUGAAAAGAGAUUUGGACCUUGGUUUAUUGAACCAGUUAUUGCAGGACUUGAAGGACCAGAAAAUAAGCCAUUUAUUUGCGCUCAAGAUUUGAUCGGAGCUCCUUGUUUUACUGAUAACUUUGUUGUUUCUGGUACUUGUAGUGAAGCUUUAUACGGAAUGUGUGAAUCUUUGUAUAAACCAGAUAUGGAACCAGAAGAUCUCUUUGAAGUUAUUUCACAAUGUCUUUUGGCUGCUGUUGAUAGAGAUUGUAUUUCUGGUUGGGGUGCUGUUGUUCAUGUAAUCACUCCAGAUAGUAUCACAACCAAGAGACUGAAGGUCAGACAAGAUUAAUUGCCUUUCAUUCAUUGUACACUUAACAUGUCAUUGUAAAUUUAAUACCUCAUAAAACUAUUUAACUUUCUAAUAA